UCCUCUUCUCUUCCUCCUCCCCUCCUGUUUCUCUCUCUCUCAUCGCUCUGCCUCUCCAGUAUUUUCUCAGUCGCCGUAAAAGGCAGAACUCACUCACACACACACACACACACACACACACACCGGCAUCAGGAUGUCGAUCGUCAGCAUAGUUGCCAGGGAGAUCUUGGACUCCCGUGGAAACCCCACUGUUGAAGUGGACCUCCGCACAGAAAAAGGUCUGUUCAGGGCUGCGGUGCCCAGCGGAGCAUCCACAGGGAUCUAUGAGGCUCUGGAGCUCCGAGAUGGAGACAAGAGCCGCUACAAGGGCAAAGGUGUUUUGAAGGCAGUUGGGCACAUCAACGAUACUCUGGCUCCAGCCCUUUUAGCCUCUGGCAUCAGCGUGGUGGAGCAGGAGCAGCUGGACAACAUGAUGAUCGAGAUGGACGGCACAGAAAACAAAUCCAAGUUUGGGGCCAAUGCCAUCCUGGGAGUGUCUCUAGCCAUCUGUAAGGCUGGCGCAGCAGAGAAAGAAGUCCCCCUGUACCGCCACAUAGCCGACCUGGCUGGAAACACAGAGCUGGUGCUGCCGGUUCCUGCCUUUAAUGUGAUAAACGGAGGAUCUCAUGCAGGAAACAAACUGGCCAUGCAGGAGUUCAUGGUGCUGCCAGUUGGGGCUGAAUCUUUCAAGGAGGCGCUAAGGAUAGGAUCAGAGCUCUACCACACACUGAAAGGAGUCAUUCAGGAGAAAUACGGCCAAGACGCCACCAACGUUGGAGAUGAGGGAGGAUUUGCUCCCAACAUCCUGGAGAACAGUGAGGCUCUGGAUCUGCUGCAGACAGCCAUUGAGAAGGCUGGCUUCACAGAAAAGGUGGUAGUCGGGAUGGACGUUGCCGCCUCGGAGUUUUACCGUGAGGGGAAGUACGACCUGGACUUCAAAUCCCCACCAGAUCCAGAGCGACACAUCACUGCAGAGGAACUGGCUGACAUCUACCAGGGCUUCGUCAACAGCUACCCAGUGGUGUCCAUCGAGGAUCCGUUUGACCAGGAUGACUGGGAGGCCUGGUCCCGCCUGACGGCCCAGGUGGGGAUCCAGGUUGUUGGGGAUGAUCUGACGGUGACCAACCCCAAGAGAAUAGAGAAAGCUGCCGAGGAGCGAGCCUGCAACUGCCUGCUACUCAAAGUGAACCAGAUCGGCUCUGUCACCGAGGCCAUACAGGCGUGUAAGCUGGCUCAGGCAAAUGGUUGGGGUGUGAUGGUCAGCCAUCGCUCAGGAGAAACAGAGGAUACCUUCAUUGCUGACCUGGUGGUGGGACUCUGCACUGGACAGAUUAAGACUGGCGCCCCCUGCAGAUCUGAGCGGCUGGCCAAGUACAACCAGCUCAUGAGGAUUGAGGAAGAGUUGGGCGACCAGGCUCGCUUUGCAGGCCAUAACUUCAGGAACCCCAGCGCUCUGUGAAACUGACUGACGAAUGACUUGCAAUGACACACACGCACACAAACACACAAACACAGACACACACACACACAAGGAACGAGCCAUGUAUAAAGACAGAUUACAGAUAAGCAAAAGAAAAAGAAAAUAGCUAAAAAUAACUUAAUAAAUAAAUUAUGCACUGAACUUAAAGGUAGGGAGAUGAAACUGUAUGCACACACACACACACACACACACACACACACACACACACACACACAGAGUGAGCAGAUGCAACACGUGUAAUGCACAUGCAGGGGAAUAACAUAAAAUCUGAAUAUUUAUAAGCCAGACAUGCACUGUUACUGUAGUUUUAAAGGAAUAGUUUGUGUACAGCCAGAGGACGGACCUGCAAAAAUAAAGAUUAAUAUUGUAAACACAGAGAGAAUAAUGAGUAAAGAUAUCAGAAAACCAUGAAGACUAAUGCUCGCAACUAAACGAUGCAUUUGUAAGGAAAGCAGCAGUUUCAGGGAUGGAGUGAGGCUAAUAACUACACACUGUAAACACCUGAACACUUACACACUCUGCCAUGUCACACUCUUACCUGGACACUCAAGUACCUGCACUCCUCCCACUUCUGUCCUCUUCUUUCUCUCUAUUUUCGUCUCCUUGUUCUUCUUGUCGUGUCUGUCUCUCGGUUCCAGUUGCUCCCUUUUCCUCUCGCCCAGACGUGAUUCUGAUUAUUUGUCCUUUGUCUAUGCUUGAGAUCCUGCCUCUUUCUCAGAGAAAAAGAAGAUAGAAUAUAUGAACCCCGAGUCCCUUUGUUCCUUCGGUUCCUCCUGAAUGUCUUUAGAAUAGCUGUGAUCAAAAAAGAAGAAAGAGAAUUAAAAAAAACACAUAAAGAGAACGCUUGUCAUUGAAAAUAAUGUGAAAAUAUGUGAAAUAAAAAAGAUGGUAAUUUACAAUUUCAAACACA